GGGUAAACGUCUUCGUCUUCUUCGUCUCUCUUUUUUUUUUUCCAUUACUUUUCAGAAGAUUAAACAUUCCUCUCGCCGGAGAACUAACUGCUCGAUAGAUAGAGAUAGAGAGAGAGCUCUGAUAACUGCCAUUCUGUCUCUAUCUGCUUCCUCUAGAUACACGUUAGUUUUUUUUUCUUUGAAAGGGGCUAAAUUUCGUACACACGACCUAUUUCUUCUUCUUAUUGGAUUUUGUAGAGAAAACUUUAUUAUAUAGGUUUCUGGGGAAUCUUCUGAGCCGUUUAGAACAAGGAUUUAGGCAAAAAUAUGGUCAGUUAGUUUCUUGUGCUAGCAAUUUUGAAUGGGAGAUUGCGACGACGACGACUAGUCUCUCCUCGAAUCAGGGUUUAUAGUUGUUGUUGAUAGAGAUAUUGAAUUGGAACCAAAAGAACUCAAUGAUAGAGUAGUGAAUUUUGGAUGUAGUGUUUUUCUCAUCAACGGAGUAAUAAUAACAAUAAUAAUGAGUAGCGAUGAUACGAUUGAGGAGAGUUUGCUUGUGGAUCCCAAAUUGUUGUUCAUCGGCUCCAAGAUUGGUGAAGGCGCUCACGGCAAAGUCUACCAAGGAAGGUAUGGUCGUCAGAUUGUUGCAAUCAAAGUUGUCAACCGGGGCUCCAAACCUGACCAGCAAUCUUCUCUCGAGAGCCGUUUCGUCCGUGAGGUCAAUAUGAUGUCCCGCGUUCAACACCAUAACCUUGUCAAGGUCUCUCUCCUUCUUUCUUCUCUUUCUUUGCUCUCGAUACUUCUUCUUGAAUACACAAUAUCCAUUUGGCAGUUUAUUGGAGCGUGCAAAGAUCCUUUAAUGGUAAUAGUAACAGAGCUUCUCCCAGGGAUGUCUCUCCGUAAAUAUCUCACCAGCAUCCGUCCUCAGUUGCUCCAUCUCCCUCUUGCUCUCUCCUUUGCCCUUGACAUCGCCCGUGCCUUGCACUGCUUACACGCCAAUGGUAUCAUUCACAGAGACCUCAAACCUGACAACUUAUUGCUCACGGAGAAUCACAAAUCCGUCAAGCUUGCUGAUUUCGGGCUUGCUAGGGAAGAAUCCGUGACUGAGAUGAUGACUGCUGAGACUGGGACUUACCGUUGGAUGGCUCCUGAGCUCUACAGUACAGUGACCCUGCGUCAAGGAGAGAAGAAGCAUUACAACAACAAAGUUGAUGUCUACAGCUUUGGAAUCGUGCUUUGGGAGCUUCUCACUAAUCGUAUGCCAUUCGAGGGCAUGUCCAAUCUGCAAGCCGCCUACGCAGCAGCAUUCAAGCAGGAGAGGCCCGUAAUGCCAGAGGGGAUAUCUCCGAGUCUGGCGUUCAUAGUGCAGUCUUGUUGGGUGGAGGACCCAAACAUGAGGCCAAGCUUCAGUCAAAUUAUCAGACUGCUCAAUGAGUUCCUCCUUACCCUGACUCCUCCGCCUCCUCAGCCUCUGCCUGAGACUGCCACCAACAGGACCAAUGGCCGAGCCAUCACUGAGUUCUCCAUCCGUCCAAAAGGGAAAUUUGCCUUCAUUCGCCAGCUUUUCGCUGCCAAGAGGAACAUAAACUCUUAGGUACAAGAAGGGGUCUUCUUUGUCUUUGCCACUGCCACUGCUUUGGUGGAUAAAUGACAUUAGCAGAGAGAGAGAAGUAGAAAGUUAGACUUACUUAAAGUCUAUAGCGUAGUUAAGUACUCAAUCUUCUUCUUGUCAAGUGAUUAACUGGUAGUAUCACACGCCAAACUAAUUGGUUAAAUGUUAUAACUUAAAGCCUAUGUUUUAUCCUUUAUCAAUACUUGAAACAAAACUUAGGAGAUCAACUAACUAUGUAUAUUAUCGAUUAUAUAAGUUUUAUGUUUUUUUGGAUAUUUUCUACAAUUGUGCAUUCCAUAAUGAUCAUAUAUAGUGUAUCUAAUUUUAAAUAUUUUAUUAUAAAAU